GUGAUGGAGAAAACCUCAGCAAGCUAAAGCCGCCGUUUUCUUGGAGCUACCGUCAUCUGGAGGAGCAGGAGAGGAUGUUUGACAAGUUCCUCCAGACCCCGAAACAGUCUGCGGACUCCGAGGAGCUCCUCUCGUCAGUCUCCUGAAAUGACAGGACCAGUCCUCUCCCGCUUAUUUAAUGAGGCCGGGCAGCAGAAUCAGCACCGGGAGCACAGACACGGCAGCUGAGGGGUCGGCGGAGCGCGACCUUUACCAUGGCCACGGCACGAUUCCCGGGGAAGAGUGUUGACUCUGCUGCUUCCAACUGGACCCCUCCGGUGGUGGGCCGGCCGCUGUGCGUGAACGGGACUGCGUGGAUCCUCAACCUGCUGGAGGAGUGUGUGGAUAACAACUGGGAGUACUGCAGUGUGGUGAUAGGACUCAUCUCAAUGUUCUGCUUUCUGCUGUCCACUUUACCGCAGGUGUAUGAGGCCUACAGGAAUGGUAAAGUGGAGGAGGCCAUGUCACUGGGGUUCCUCUUGUUCCUCUUCGGGGGAGACGUGACCAGCUUUGCAGGCUGCUACCUCACAAGCCAGCUACCGAUCCAAGUGGUCACAGUGGUGUUUUACAUCUUCACAGACUUGAUCCUCAUCUCACAGUUUCUCUACUAUAAAAUCAAGAAUAGCUCCAACAGAAAGAGGCCUGUAUUGAAGUGGAUAUGCUUCACCUGGUGUGGUGCUGCUACCUUAGUUCUCCUGGCUUUACCCAAACUGAUCAUGGACAAUAGUACGCCUUUAGACUCUCAGAGUUCAGCUACCUCCAGAUCGGUGGAAAUCACUGGCUACGUGUGUGGAUACACAGCUUCAGUCUUCUACCUCUGCUCACGUUUCCCUCAGCUGUAUAAAAAUUUCCAGCGGCAGUCCACAGAGGGAACCUCCUACCUGUUGUUUGCUCUGGCCAUGAUGGGGAACGGGACGUACGGGCUCAGCGUCAUCGUGGUCCUCCCUGCCCUGAGGGGCUCCAAACACUCCUUCAUCAUCAAACAUCUGGCCUGGCUCAUCGGCAGCAUGGGGGUCCUCGUACUCGACUUUCUCGUGACUGCACAGUUCAUCAUAUACCGGAAGAAGAUCUCUGCUAAAAGCAGCACUCUGCUCAGCGUCCCAGAAGUGGAGCCUCUCCUGUGCGAGGAAGAGGAGCUGUCAGUUUUCUAGGUCGUGAGUCGGACAGCUGCUGCUGCAGGACACUCUUCCAAGUCUGGACCUCCCAGUUUAGAGUUUCUCUCACUUCUGUUCUGAACACCUUCAAGAACAGAAACGCUGCCGAGGAACUGUUGAAGACGCAGCCGAUGAUGUCUGGAGAUAGUCCUGAUGAACCCUCAUCGUCUUAAUUUGUUGCUGCCAGGAGGGCAAGGGAGAUAAUGAACUCAUCUCUAGUUUAGUGAAUUAAUGAUGCAGGAGAGAUGUGAGCAAUACAUUUCUUAACACCUGAGAUUAUGCUAAGAGUAAUUACCAGCUUACAGCUUGUUUCCAGUGAGGCUUGUCGGCAUGACUCGGGGCUUUUUCCAGGUAAUGAGCGCAGUCCUCUCUGAUUAACUGCUGCAUUAGGGCUUUGUUGCUAUUGUUUUGGCAGGAUUAGUUGUAUUUUAUACGUGUGAAGGGGGUUUAAACAUCCAGAAGAGGGCGCUUAAUGCCAGAUUUUUUUUUUUCUCAAAGACUGUCUUGAUGGCAGAGUAAGAUACAUUUUAUAUAUACACUUUUCUGGUGGUGUAGAAACCUUCAUUUAAUCCUCAAUGGAAAGUACAAUAUGUUAAGUCUACAUUACCACUCAAAAGUUUUAGAAAUGUUCCUGUUUUUUUAUAUUGACAAUAUUCAUUUUUUAAUGUCUCACUGAACAAUGAAGUGAAAGCAUAGGACAAGAAAACAAUCAUGAAAUGAAAAUACAGCCCAAUCAAAAUGCUUUUUAAACUUUGGAUUCAUCAAAGUCGCCACUUUUGGCACAUAUACAAUCAUGGAAAAAUCUCUGCUCCUCUGAGAAUUUUCAUUGUUUUCAUUUAGAAAUCAUUGAUUGUUUUAUCAGCAACUUCAUUUUCAUACAUCAAAUAACUACACAGGAUGGACACAGUAAUAUUUUAAAAGUGAAACAAGGUUUAUUUGAUCAACCAAAAAUAUGCAAUGUGCAUCAAAGUAAAAUUAGAUAAGUGCAGAAAUUUGAGCACCCUCACAAAAAAAAUCAUCAAUUUAUUAGAUCCUCUUUUUAUUGUAAAUAAAAGCCACGAGAGGCUUCCUUUAACUUUUCAUGGAUGUCUGGGUUCUGGAUUCAUGUGUUCUGGACCAUUCUUCCUUACAAAACAUCUCCAUUUCGAGGAGAUCUGACGGUAUCUAAGCAUGGACAAACCAUGUUUUAGUUUGUUUUGUUGAAAAUUCCUGGUUCAAUUUCAACUCUGUCUUAUUCUGGAUUUCUUGCUGUAGCUCAUCCUGUCAGACCUGCAGAUCCAAGCCUUCUCUUCAUAGUUGAAAUUUGCUCACGACGAUCACUAUUUGACUGUGCUCAAAGGUAUUUCCCUGUGAGCCGCCUGGCAUGCAAACUGUUCACUCCCAGAAACCUGUCUUCUGAUUCUGUUGUGCUUUGGAUCUUCCCCAGACCUCUUCCCAGCACCAUUGGCUUUUUUUUUUUUUUUUUUUUUUUUGCCAUUUUUAUGGCAGCACACACUGUUCAGCUGAUGUUUGAGGGUUUGGUAUGCUGGUGUCUUCCAGUGCUGCUUUUACACAGACAGAUUUGGUUGUGAGUAAUCCAAAAAAGGUGGAACACCUGUAGGAGUAGCAGCAGCAAGGCUUGAUCAACCUCCACUGCCGCAGAACAGCCUUCUUGCUAACUUCUGAAAUGGACAAUAUGAUUCUUUCUGAAUAACCUCACCUUUUUUGACCUCUGCCAUUCCACUGCUAUGUACUAUUUCAAACUAUUCAUCAGACUUAAAUGACUUGAAUUUCAGAGAAUAACUGGGAAAGCUUUUGACUGGUAGUGCACUAACCUGUGUUCGUCUUUUGGGUGCCAAAUAAUGCUGCAUAGUUUCUCUGUGCUUAACUGUAUUUCUCCUAUCUUGUCACCAGUGGCAGGGUUAAUCACGUGUAAUUAUAACAACCAUAACAUCUAAACCUUUUAAGAUCUCAAGGAAGUAUAAAAAAAAACAGCAAAGCUGACAAAUCGAGGUUUGUGUGUGACAUAUACAGACUGUUGAAGUUAUGUCAAUCUCUUAGUAAACGGGUUAACUGGUGUUGACAGGAAAUUGUUUCCGCCAAACUUGCCCUCAUGGGGAGAAAAAAAAAACUUAACUGGGUAUGAACUUCUCCACCUGAAAAUACUCUGUGUUUCUGCAGUUUAAUAGCUAAUUUUGACUUUGAAAAAAAAAAAAAACAACCUGUGCCUUUUUUAAUCUAGAAACAGUCUAAUAAUACAGAUGCACUGAGUGCACAAUUCAAAAGCAUUUUUCAAUCAAAUUAUUAUGGUACUUAUUAAUUUUUUGAUGUUGUAUAAAAUACAGAGUCAACCUUGUGUUUUUCUAAAGCUUCCAAGCCCUCGGUGUGACCUACCUCUGCACGUGUUGUUGAGUUUAACUCAAAGUUUUAUGAGUUGCCAUUUAUUGGAAUAUUGUUUGUUUUUUUAAUAAUGAUGUGGAAUUACUUUUGCUUCAUAGAAGCAGGUGUAUAAAGAAAAGCACCAAUUGUACAUUUGUACUAAAUAUGCAAACUCAUUAUUUAUUUGCUUUACGGUAAGUCUUAUAAAACCUGUGAUCUUUCAGCGUUGUAGAUGUAGCCAGACGUAGGUGGUGCUGUCAAUAUUUGAUAUUAACAGAAGUUGUGUUUUUGCACUGCAGGUUUCUCUACCUCGUAUUUUUUUGUUGUUUUUCCUUUUGCAUGAAGGUUACAUAAAACUGUUUUCUAUGUGUCAACAUUCAGUAGAUCAAGAGGAAAUUUACUGGCAGCAUUUUUUUUUAUCCUAAACUCAAUAGAUCAAAUGUAAUAGAAAUACAAACUUGAUUGAUAUUCAUUAAGUUACAGCAGCUUUCUUUGAAAUUACUUUCCUUUUUAUUUCUGCCUCAAUGCAGCUUCAUAUUCAUUUUAUAUUUCACAUGUUCUCCAUUCUGAAUGAGCCUUUUUGAUACCCAGCAUUAAAUGUAUACAUUUCCCAUGUGAUUAUUCAGACAACUCCAACACAUAAUGUAUAACAAGUAAGACUUUAGUGAGUGUUUAAGCCUUAUGUACACUGUCAGAUGAUUUACAUUCCUUUGGUGAACUUUUCGAGUUGUUUGGUCUUCUUAUGAUAAU